GGCGAUAGUUUUAAACUAUCGAUACUAUCGAUAGUAUCCCAGUUCUACGACGUUUCUUCUAGUUCUAGUAUCGAGUAUUUACUUAUCUCGUUUGUUCCAUAUUUUAAGAGAUGGAAGAGUAUGCGCGAGAGCCUUGUCCUUUCAGGAUUAUUGAUGACUGCGGUGGUGCUUUUGCUAUGGGUUGCAUAGGUGGUGGAAUAUUUCAAGCUAUUAAAGGGUUUCGUAAUGCUCCGUCUGGCCUAAACAAACGUUUGGUUGGAAGUUUGGCUGCUAUCAAAGUACGUUCUCCAGUGAUUGCAGGAAAUUUCGCAGUUUGGGGAGGAAUGUUUAGUACUAUAGAUUGUACUUUAGUACAUUUUCGAAAAAAAGAGGAUCCAUGGAAUUCUAUAAUAAGUGGAUUUGCAACUGGCGGAAUUUUAGCAGCAAGAAACGGUAACUAUAUUUAUGAAUUUGUUAAUAACAAAGGAUACAGAAGAAAGAUAGGUCCAGUCUCAUACUUAGUAGGCAUAUGGCGAGCAAUACGUCGUAUGCGCCAAAUGCAAUACCACGUAUAAGGAGGUAUAGAAAAA